AAAUGAUUUAUCAUGAUUAUAUAACUGUGUAUAUGUAGAUUACAUAAUCAUAAGAAAUAACAACAACAGAAAAACAAAAAAAACAUUCAAGGUUUCCAAUUUUUAAUAUUGAAAAAAAUCAGAACAAAAAAAAGGAAGAACAAAAUUGAUAACAUGAAAUUGAUUCAAAUACAUUAUUAGUUACCAAGUCAUUCGAUUGGAUAUGCCAAAAAAUCAAUAAAUAAAUAAUAAAGGAGUUACAUAAUUAUUGUUUUCUUUUUCCGCGGGGGGGGGAUACCCAUAAAACUGUUUCAGCAUAACAAUCAUAAAACAUUACAAUAUCUAAUGAUUAUACAGAAAAAUAUUGAUCAUAUUCAUAUUCAUGAUAUGACAUGAUAUUGUUGAACAGAUUUCAUUGAACAUUCAAAGUAUCUAUGAUUAAUUAAAUAAUCAUGAAGUCAGAAACAAAGAAACAAACAAACAAGUGAACAAACAAACAAUCACAAUGUUUUAAAUGUUGAAAAUUUCACGGAAAAACCAUACAGAUUUCAUUUUCUAGCAUUUUGGACAAUUAAUAAAUAGUUAAUUUAAAAAAGAAGAGUAUCAACUAAAAUCACAAAGAUACUGAUAAUAGAAAACAAAAAAGAAAGUAAUGUAAUUGAAUAAAAGUGAUAUUCAAUAUUUACUUAUCAUUGAUUACAAUGGAAACAUUUAUUUGUCCAAGUGAUAGACAAUUAGCAUUACGUGCAAGACUUGGAACAGGUUGGUCUUCUAGAGCUCAAUCAGCACAACGUCGUCGAGCUCAACCAUUAACAACAGAUGAAGAAGAACAAAUUUUACGUGUUCUACGACGUAAUGAAUUAUUAGCUGAAAACGAAAAAGCUAGAGUUGAAGCAAUGCUCCAGAAACUUGAUCGUUUAAAACAAACAGCUGAUUCUAGAAAAAAUGAAGAAUGUGCAUUAUGUCAUAAAGAAUUUGGUCAUCUAAGUAAUUUACCAAUAGUUUGUGUAGAAUGUGGUCGUUAUGUAUGUACAACAUGUUGUGUAGAAUUAGUUAUUCCACCAUUAUAUCGACAGCCAAUCCCAAAGCGUAAUUCAUUGCUUAAUUUUCAAUGGAUGUCAAAUACAUAUGGAAGUGGAAAUUUAUUAAAUACAUCAAAACAUCAAACUUAUUUUACAAUGGAUCAAACUCGACAAAAUGGAAAUACAACUUUAAAUAAUUCAAAUAAUUUAAAAAGAUUAACAACUGAUACAAGCAAACCACGAUUUUUAAAUCGUCGAAGUAGUUUAAUGGGUACAUUGAACUCAGCUGCAUUACAUAGUCAACAAUUAUUUGAAAAGGUUAAAGUUAAAGCGAAUUCACGUCAAGGAGAUAAUCAUUCAUCUGUUUGUAAAAUAUGUUAUGAAGCAAGAGAAAUUUGGAAACGUUCUGGUGCAUGGUUUUACAAAAGUCUUCCACGUAGUCGAAUGACAAGUUGUCCAUCUAGUCCAUCAUCAACACGUGCUAAUAAUAAUUGUCAAAUAUUUAAUGAUAUAACAGAUCUUGUGAAACCACUACAAAUUAAUACAAAUAACGAAAGUCAUAUUGAACAUACUGAUAAUGAAUCAGAACAAUGGAUACAAUUAAAACCUAACCGACGACCUUCUAAACCUGAAGGAUCAGAAGCUGAUAGCUCAUCUUUACCGAGUACAAGUAAAGAUGCACCACAAAAUGAAGUUACGUCAAGUACGAAAACACGUGGAAUAUCUAAGGGAUUUCCGAAAUCUCCGGAACAUCCUUCAUAUACUCCACCGGAUCAAAGUACUGUUGAUGUACCCAAAUCAAACUCACCAACAUAUACGAAUGUGCCUGCAACUACGAAUAGUCAAGAUAUAACUCAUAUCUCGCCGGCCUCAUGUCUUUUAUCCGAUUCACUAAAUACUAGUUCAUUAUGGAGACCACAGUCACCUGUUUCAGCACAAUCAUUUCAUCCGUCAUUUGUAUCUAAUAAAAGUGUUAAUCAUUCGACAGCCUCUGCAUUAGCUUCUUCAUUUACAAAUGCCAAUUCUACACAGAAAGUUGCAAGUUUAACAGGUGAAAAAGAACCAUCCAAUCUUCUUUCACCAUCAUCGGGUGCCACGUCUACAGUACGACGUUCAACUGUAUCUUCAAGUGAAGAAGCUCCAUUCGGUGUGCUCUACUUUACAUUAUAUCAUGAUACAUUGAAUAAACAACUUCAUGUAGCUAUUCACAAAGCUAAAAAUUUAAUUGCAAUGGAUGCAAAUGGUUUAUCUGAUCCUUAUGUUGUAUGUCAAUUAUUACCAACAAGUCAUAAUAGUACAACACCACGUACAUCAACACGACCACAAUGUUUAAAUCCAGUUUGGAAUGAAGCAUUAACUUUUGAACCAUUUGAUGGAAAAAAUAUUCAAUUAAAAACAUUAAGAUUAGCUGUACUUGAUGAAGAUUUGUAUGGUUCUGACUGGCUUGGAGAAUAUCGAUUGCAAUUAUCUCAAUUGAUUCCUAAUCGUUUAACCGAUUUCUCAGUUCCACUUGGCCCACAUAAACCGAUACAACGUGGUGAAUUUGAUUUAGCAUGCCCAACACGUGGUAAAAUACAACUAGGUCUUGGCUAUUUAGAAGAUCGUAAACAAUUAUAUGUUGAAGUAAUUCGUUGCGCUAAUUUAGCCCCAAUGGAUCUUAAUGGAUUCUCUGAUCCUUUUGUCAAAUUAUACCUUCGACCAGAUAAAACUAAGAAAACAAAACAGAAAACUCAAGUCAAAAAAGCUACUCUAUUUCCAGAAUUUCAUGAAACAUUUUUCUAUGAUUUAAAUGCAUCUGAAGCUGGUAGUCGAACACUUGAAAUAACUGUAUGGGAUUUUGAUCAUGGUCCAAGUAAUGAUUUUAUUGGUGGUUUAACAUUAGGUGCUGGUGCUAAAGCUGAAAGACGUGAAUUAUGGUUAGCUGUAUUUAGACCACCAUAUCGUCGUAUUGAAGCAUGGUUUCAAUUAUCGAAUAGAACUGAAAAUGGUAAUCAAUUUACAACACCAGGUGUUUGUGAUUAAAUUUUUUAUUUAUUUCUAAAUUAUAAUAUUCAUUAUUUCAUUAAAAAUUUACCUCUUAUUUCUUUUAUUGUUGUUAGCUUACAGCUUAAAUCUGUGUAAAUUAUGAGUGAUUUAAAUAAACACAGAUUUCCACUAUUAUUACUAUUACUGUUGCUAUUACUAUUAUUAUUACUAUUAUUAUUAUUAUUA